UCCUGUGAUGCACGCACAACUGUGUUGCACUAUCCAUAGUAUCUCAGAGACAGACUGUCACGAAGCGAGAUGGAGAAAACAGACGUUUGGAGCUGGUUGCCUACCAGUUAUGCAGUACAACAGAACGCGUAGCCCGCUUUGUUCUCAGAGGAGACAAAAAGAUGACAAACAAUAACCUGAAUAAGCUGUUGGCUUUUUGUGUAUUAUUUUGCGCUCAGAAAACAUCCAUUGUGCAUGCUUUGGAAACUAAAGUGGCUCUGCUGCUCCACGCUGAGCCAGAGAUUCCAAAGUGCUUUGCUGAAGGGUUGUCGGACCUCACCUGCUUCUGGGAGGAGGAUGAGGAAAGGGCUGGCUCUGCUGACCAAUACUCAUUCAGAUACACAUACCAGAAUGAGAACAGUAGUGAGUGUGCCGUAACUGCCCUACCAGCAGCAGGCGGCAAGAGGCUGUAUUUUUGCAGGUUGUCCCAGACUCCAUGUUUUGUGCCCCUUGACAUCCGGGUGUUUCGGGACGACCUGCUGAUCCACAACCGCAGUCUCUUCAUUGAACUUGUCUUCCUGUUAGACCCGCCUGCCAAUCUGACAUUGACGAGUACAGGGACGCAGGGGCAGCUGAAGGCCAGCUGGCUGCCUCCCUCUCUCAAGUACAUGGGCGACAGCAUGAUGUACGAGGUCAGCUACGCCAUGGCAGGGAGCCACAUUGGAAAGGUGGAGGAGGUGCAAGCCAGCUCUGAGCUCAUCUUGCGUGGUCUGCAGUCAGGCACUAAGUACAAGGUGCGCAUUCGUAUCAAACUGGACGGCAUCAGCUACAGUGGCUACUGGAGCGCCUGGACUGACCCGGUACUGAUGGAAACAAUGCCUGGUGACUUGGACCCUCUCAUCGUGUCCCUGAGUCUCAUCAUCUCUCUCGUCCUCACCCUGCUGUCUCUCAUUGUGCUCAUGUCUCAUCGCAGGUUCCUGUUGAAGAAGAUCUGGCCAAUCAUUCCCACCCCUGAAAGCAAGUUCCAAGGCCUCUUUAAGGUUUAUGGUGGUGACUUUCAGGAGUGGUUGGGCCACAGCACUGGAGGCUUAUGGUUGAGGCCAGCCUACUUCUACUCCGAGGAAUUCCCUGCACCACUAGAGGUGCUCUCCGAGGUUAGCCUUGGUCCCGCCUUACCCAGCUCCGCUUUGCCGCCCAAGGCCUCAGAGGCACUUGGUGAGGAGGAGGAUGAAGACAAGAAGCUAAAGAGGGUGGAUUCUGCAUUGAUGGAGGGGUGGAGAGAAACCCCCCAGGAGCACUGGCCGAUGGACCAGCUCCGGGCUAUUCAUCAGCACCCUGCACCCUGGACCCAGUCUUCUCUACUGGAGUCUCAUGAUGCCUAUGUCACCCUCAAUGCUCAGAACCACAGUGGGGAGGAGCCGCUGGACGACAUAUUGGAGGAAACCUUGCCCCUGCAGGUUCUCUUUGCCUCUGGAAGGACAUCCUCUGAAUCUCGAUCAGACUUGGGCUCCUUCCAACAGAGCUCAGGAUCGGGCUGCCUCUCGUCCCAGUCCAGUUUUGAGUACCCAAACCACACCUGGCCGCCCAAGGGCCCCGGGUACACCUACAUGGCAGUGGCCGACUCAGGCGUCUCCAUGGAUUACAGUCCGAUAAGCUCGAAUAAGAUCGAUGACAUUGGGAAGGGAGUUAUCUAUACCAAUGAGUACAAGAACGAGAUCCCUGCACACAGAAGACCCAUAGGUACGCCCAUCCACUUUGCAUUCUGAAUUAAGGCUAAGCUAUGUUACAGGCUAUGAACUGAGGCUUAAAGGUCCAAUGAAGCUGAAAAACAGUUGGGAUGUUUGGCCAAGGCUUCUACAUUGACUCCAUCUUCUUGUCAGUGGAAUGUAAAAAGCCAGGAUGUAGGCUACUCUCAUAACUAUGCGAUAACAGACAAACCAAAAUUUAAGCUCAAAGGUUUGUGAGGAAAAGUCAAAAGUAUCCCUGAUAAGAAUUUCAUAUUUCUUUGGAUGUCACAAGCUCAUUCUCACAAUAUCCUGUCAAUCGGAAGGCAGCUGUUUGAAAAAUACAUGAACAACUAAAACACUCUAAAGCUGAUAUUAUAAAACACAUGUAAUGUGUAUAUUCUUAAAUCACUGGAUCUUGUAGGUCAAUUUAUAAGGUUAUUUUCUAUAUUUUUAUUGGAAUAACUAGAUAAAGUUGACACUUAAAUUGUAAAUAUUGUGGUUGUCUAUUGUGUAUUGUACAAGAGUAUCACUAAGAUGUAGCCAUGGUCUUAACAUGAAGCUCCUUCUAGAAUGAAGAGGUACUGUAGGAUGUGCAGGAAUGUGUCACAUUUCAGUACGAUGCUAUUGUACACCUCUUGCUUGCAAUGCUUAGAUCAACAAAGGUUGUAAAAGUCAUGAUGGUUCCAAUGUAUGAAUGUUUGUAUAUCUGUCUAUCUAAUUGUCACCUCAUUGAAUCUUACAUAUUAUCAUACAUUUUGAGAGGCCAUAAUUGUUGAAACUGUAAAUAAUACAAAUUUAAUUUUUGUGGUUUAAAUAAACACCAGUUUGUUGAAAAUGUAGGUAAUUCCUCCCACCCAACAAACAAAAAUUGUGAUUUGGCUAAAUGCAUGGGUAGAUUGAAAAAACGUUGUCGCAUUUUAAGUUGUCCCAUUGGUAAAAAAUACAGUUGUAUACAUAGGCACAUGUGAAUAUGACAAUUUAAUGUGGUAGGGCAGGCAUACUCAACUCUAACCCUACAAGGUCCGGAGCCUGCUGGUUUUCUGUUCUACCUGAUAAUUAAUUGCACACACCUGGAGUCACAAGUCUAAAUCAGUCUC